CUGUGCCCGGCAGUCUCCAGCCUGUGCCUGUCGGAUGUCAAAUGAACACUUGGUGACUGUUCUCCUGGGAGGGAGGUAAGCAGUUUUAUGAAGGUCCCACAGUGGUUAUCCCAAGGCCUGAUAAUCCAUUGCAGCGAUUUCCAGAGUAAAAACAAAAAGUUUUUCUAUGCAACAGGAACCACGUUCCACAAUACAAUGAAGAUACCAUUUUGAGUUGCACGAACCUACAGGAGAGAAAAUAUGUAUAUAACUGUCAAGAACCAUGAAGGUACCAAGAAUAGCAUUCGUAUUUGUCAUUUUCCUGUGCAUUUUCAUAUACUACAUGUAUCCGAAGAAACUUUCUCAAGCAACACAAACUGGACACGUGAAUCCCAUCCCAUCAGUGUUCUAUCAAUCAGCAAGACUAGUCUUCUAUGGAAUUAUGUUUGAUGCUGGCAGCACCGGAACACGCAUCCAUGUCUUCAAAUUUACUCAAAAACCAAAUGAAUCUCUUAAACUCACAGAAGAAAUUUUCAAAGCCCUGAAGCCAGGAUUGUCAGCCUAUUCCGAUGAACCACACUUGUGUAUGAAGAACAUUCAGGAUUUGCUAGAUGUUGCCAAAAACUCAAUUCCCAGUGACUUUUGGGCAAACACACCUGUAGCCUUGAAGGCUACAGCUGGUUUACGGCUGUUACCUGCAGAAAAGGCAGAGGGUUUGCUGGAUAAGGUAAAAGAAGCCUUCAAAACAUCGCCUUUCCUAGUAAGAGAUGAUAGUGUUCGUAUCAUGGAUGGAACUGACGAAGGUAUUUCUGCAUGGAUCACUGUCAACUUUAUAAAAGACUACUUACACAUGUCAAAGCCAAGUUCGAUAGGAAUUCUUGAUCUCGGAGGCGGUUCCACCCAAAUCACAUUUUCACCACACAGCGAUAUGACACUCCAAACCUCUCCUAUUGACUACAUUACCUCAAUUCAAUUGUUCAAUAGGACAAAAACACUCUAUUCACACAGUUACCUAGGAUUGGGACUGCUGUCAGCAAGACUGGCAAUUUUAGGAGGAGUUGAAAGUAAACCACUUAAAAAUGGACAGGAGCUUGUAAGCGCCUGCUUAGCACCAGAAUACAAAGGAGAAUGGGAGCACGCUGAAAUUGUUUACAAAAUUAAAGGGCAGAAACCAGAAGAACCUCUCUAUAAUUCAUGUCGUGCCAGGAUAGAAAAAAUACUUUACAAAAAACUGCACAAGCCAGAAGAAGUGAACAAUUUAUUGUUUUAUGCAUUCUCCUACUACUAUAACAGGGCUGUUGAUGCUGGACUUAUUGAUGAAGAGAAAGGCGGUACUAUAAAAUUGCAGGAUUAUGAAACAGCAGCCAAACAGGUAUGCCAGAGAAUGGAAUCUAGUUCAACAGAAAAACCAUUUCUCUGCAUGGAUCUUAUAUACAUAAAUGUAUUGCUAGAAGAACUUGGUUUCCAGAAAGAUGCUGUUAUUAAGCUUGCAAGAAAAAUAGACAACGUAGAAGCCAGUUGGGCCCUGGGAGCUAGUUUGCACUACGUUGACUCCUUUUAGCAAACAUUGGGAACAAUGCAGCAGGUCAGGCAGCAUCUAUGGAGAAAGUGAGUCAACGUUUCGGGUGU